AUGGAGGGGAAAAAAAGGCAGCUUACCAUUGUUGUUAAAAUAGGUUCAUCCUCCUUGGUCGAUGCUGUCACCAGAGAACCCAGAAUUGCAAACAUGGCACUAAUUGUCGAAACCAUUACUAAACUUCGUCGGCAAGGACACAAGAUCAUUAUAGUAUCCUCGGGAGCUAUUGCCUUUGGCAUGAAGGUAAUGAAGUUGGAAUCAAAGCCAUCCAAACUAUCUGCAGUACAGGCGCUUGCUUCUAUUGGCCAGGGCAGGUUGAUAGGAUUGUUUAAUGAUUUAUUUCGCCAAAUGGAUCAGACCACAGCACAGAUAUUGAUCACGAGGAACGACAUUGUUGAUUACACGCAGUACAAAAAUGCCAAGAAUACGAUAAAUGAGUUACUAGAAAUGGGGGUAAUCCCCAUAGUCAAUGAAAACGAUACAUUGUCUGUUUCUGAGAUCAAAUUUGGUGAUAACGAUACGUUAUCUGCUAUAACAGCUGGUAUGAUCCAUGCUGACUACUUGUUUCUUAUGACCGAUGUGGAAUGUUUGUACACCGACAACCCAAGAUCGAAUCCAAAGGCGGAACCAAUUUUAGUAGUUGACAAUAUUGACGAUUUGAACGUAAGCACAAAUGAUGACGGAGGAGCCGGAUCCGAUGUUGGGACUGGUGGAAUGACAACUAAGUUGAUUGCUGCAGGUUUGGCUACUAAUGUUGGUGUCACCACAAUCAUUACUUUAUCAACUCAACCACACUACAUUUUAGACAUUGUUGCUCAUAUACAAUCACAAAAGGAAGGGUUAAGUAUCGUUGAGCAGCGCAAAAUUUUACAACAUGACAUCCGUAACAAGACAAUUCCCCUACAUACUAGAUUCCUCAGUUUGCCUCAAGAUACACAAAUCAAAUCAGAUAGAAGAUUUUGGAUACUUCAUGGAUUAAAGACCAAGGGGGCACUCAUUAUAGAUGAAGGUUGUUUUGCUGCACUCACGAGAAGAGACAGAGCAGGCCUUUUACCCGCUGGUAUUAUCGAUGUAGUGGGAAAUUUUCAUGAAAAUGAAUGCGUUGCAAUCAAGGUUGUAGCUGAUAGAACGAAAUUAUCCGAGCAUGACAUGGUUGAGGUUGGUCAUUGUCGUGUGAAUUACACUGCAAAUGAAAUAAGAAUGAUUAAAGGUCACAAGAGUAGUCAGAUUGAAUCUAUUCUAGGAUAUGCUGAUAGUGAAUAUGUUGCUCAUAGAGACAACUUGGCUUUUCCUCCAGUAACCCCAUCUUCCAACUAG